UCCCGGACAGGAUUAACGGGUGCAUUACAGCCUGUCUUAUAUCUUUUGAUGGUACACAGUUUGAUAAGCUGAUGAUGGUUGUGGAAUGGACUGGGUAUAAAACGUGGAUCAUGGGGUUCAGGUUCUUCACUUCAGGUUGCAGCACUAAUCAGGGUUUCCCUUAGCUACAGUGGUUCAGCCAGUCAGUCAAAGGAACAUGUUCCGUUUCGCAGUCAUCGCCGCCUUGGCGGUUUCCGCCAUUGCCAUGCCCCCCAAGAAGCUCGGCCCACCCAGGCUGACCGACAAGAGGAUCGUUGGUGGUGUUAACGCCGACCAGGGCGAAUUCCCAGCCCAGGUCUCUGUGCACAUCUAUGGUGGACAUGCUUGCGGAGGAACCAUCAUUGGCCCCAACGUCGUUCUCACCGCUGGACAUUGCUGCGCCUACCCCCGUGGCGAAUACUUGGUCGUCGCUGGUGAACACAACUUGAACUCUGGUGAGGGAACCGAGGAGGAGCGUGAUGUGGCCCGCAUCGUCCAACACGAGAGCUACGAUGACUUCAACCUUACUGAUGACAUUUGCCUCCUGCAUUUGGCUGGCAACCCCAUUGAAGAGACCGAUGCCAUCCGUUAUGCUACUUUGGCUGAGACUGGUCGCGAGCCCGCAGAUCUUGAGCUCCUCACUGUGACUGGCUGGGGUACCACCUCUGAGGGCGGCUCCCUGUCUUCCAUCCUGAAGAAGGUCGAUGUUCCCUAUGUGCCCAACGAUCGUUGCGCUGAUGAGUACGCCAACUUCAACGAUGUCACCCCCGGCAUGUUGUGCGCUGGCUUCGAGCAGCAAGGUGGUGCUGAUGCUUGCCAGGGAGACUCUGGUGGACCCAUCUUCUUCUCUGACGGUACUCAGGUCGGUUUGACUUCCUGGGGAUACGGGUGCGCCCGCCCUGGAUACCCCGGUGUCUACACCAGGACCACCCUCUACAACGACUGGAUCGCCGCCAACUCUCCUUGAAAAGCUUCCAUCCGCUGCCCUUGGCGACAACUUCCUUUGAGGGUUUCCUCAUUUAGAAUGUGUACCGUCUACAGUUCUGAAUAAGAGAAAUCAUGCAACCAA